ARUACGAUACGAAUCUUAACUCAAAAAACGUAGUGGAAAAUUGUUCCUAAUUGACUAAAUAAAGAAGAUUAGAGUAUUGUAUAAAGAUGCUGAAAGAUUAUCUGCCGUCAAUUGGUGAUCGGAACACUCCAUGACUCCUUUGUUAAAUAAGUGACUCAUCGUGUGGGAACGUGCCAAAACACCCUGGAAGACAGUCUAUUGGACUUGGGAAGGUUUAUGAACGAUCCAAGCAUGAAAGGAAUGGACGGAAAUGAUGCCACGCAGCAGUCGUUGCACAGUGAAUACUCGCUUGGAAUUAGUGAACUAGUGUGUUUAGUUCUGAACUAAGCCUGGUUCUGGUUGACUUCGUGCGUCUAAAACUAUAUUUGGUUUCCAGAAAAUACUUUUUUUCAAGUGAUAAAAGCUACCAGAGGUUAGUUCUACUUGCACAAGGCCACGAGACGUCUAGGAUUCGCUAUAACCUGAUUACUAAUCACUUCAAGGUUAUAACACAUAUAAGAAAACCUGGCCAAUAUCAAGACUUCGACAAUAUUUUUAACGUGCACUGAAGAAAAAGUAUACACGCUUGGGAUUCGUAGGCGGAGGGGCAAUAUUUGGGGUAUCCAGCAAAGCKACCCGAAGUUGAAGAACCGUGUGUUCUUAUGAACGAAGAUGGCUCUUUCUUAGGCUCGUGCGUACGUGAGGACUAACUUGAGUGACUCUUCCGGCUAGCUUCAUCGUUCUGUGACUACGACGACCUAUAAACUACAAGCGAGGCAUGAGCACGUACCGACUAACUAAAUAAAGAACUACAAAGAACAUGGCUGGUUUUAUUUGUCAUUGGGGAGCUUUGGUUUUCACCGUCAUCAUCUUGGAACUAGCCGGCGCAAGCGAUGGCCCUCCUGCACUGAAAUCCAGCAGCAGUCGUCAAAUUGUUGAACUGGGCAAGAAAGAGUUCAAGCUGAAGUGCGUUGUCCGAGACCCCACAGAAAAGAUUAAGACAUAUCAGUGGUACAAAGAUGGCAAGAGAGUAAAUUCGAUCAAACAGCCGCGUUAUAUUAUCAGGCGAAAACGUUUCUUAAAGAUCCUCAAUGUCAGCAAGGAAGACAAGGGUAUUUUUGUGUGCUUGGUAACCAAUGACUACGGGACCAGCAAUGUAACGAUUAACCUUAUUGUUGGAGAUCCGACGCCACCACCCGAAAAAAGCAACAUCAGUGUGGCUCCCAAGUUUACUAACUUAAAGGCCAUGAUGGCCACCAAUCUGGUGUACAAAGAAGGCGAUAAGACUGAGUUAUUAUGUGAAGCCAAAGGAAGCCCACUUCCAGUAGUUACCUGGUUCAAAGACAAAAAGCCCUAUCUUUCGAAUAUCGACCACCAGAAAGCUGGACCCUAUGACUAUACAUUAGUGCUACAAGAACUUGAACGCUCACAGCAAGGAGAGUAUACUUGUAAUGUGUCAAACACCAAGGGAUGGAUCAACUUUACGUAUAAUAUUGUCGUGAAACCUAAAAUACGGAUUGGUCCACGAGUAAACACUAUCUCUCCAAACACGACAGCAGUCAGCGGUAAUUCAGUAACGCUCAUGUGCACUUGUUUCUACAACUCUGCGGACGAAGAUGUUUCGUUCAAGUGGUACCGGGAGACAAGAGCGGGCGCCCGAGAGCUGAUAAAUUCGACGUUCUACGAAAAACUAGAGGACAAAGGGCGUUAUGACAUUCUACAACGAGUUGAAUUCUUUCUUCGUUUACCGUAUGUGACUGAAAAGGAUGCUGGGAGGUACAUGUGUCAUGUUCGUAGCAGGAUAAGCUCAAGUUUUAAGAGUACAUAUGUGGGUGUUAAAGAUGUUGUGACAGUCCCAGUCACUCCAACCACCUUAAUUACAAGCGGCUCGAUGGGGAAACCAAAGCCCCAAGCAGAACCGACCUCGGACAACAUCGUUGAAAUAGGUUCGUUCGUCGUUGGAGCAGUUUUAGUGAUUUUCAUCGCUGGAAUAAUUGGCUGUUUCUGCUACAGAAGAUCACGCUCAAAGAAUCUCCCCAGACAAACCAUUUCGGAAUACAACAGAGACACUGAAGCUGUCAACAUAACUUUUCCAGAACCGCCACCAUUAGAAACCCGUCCAAGAAGAACUCCUUCUACAUCCUCUGCUGGAUCAGCGGCUGUAUUUCUACGUCAGAGAAGCAUGCGCAGUCGGCUGGAGUCCAGACUUACGCAGCUGUCUGAGGUGGAGAUUGCAUACGAUCCAGAAUGGGAAGUUGAUAGGAAUGACGUGAUUUUUGGGGAGGUACUUGGAGAAGGAGCUUUUGGAAAAGUUGUUAAGGCUAAAGCUUAUCUGACUAAGGAUGAUCUAGCRCCAAGUACUGUAGCAGUAAAAAUGCUCAAAGAUGAUGCAACAGAAGUCGAGUUUGGAGACCUCAUAUCRGAAAUGGAGGUCAUGAAGAAAUAUGGAAAACAUAUCAAUAUUAUCAACUUACUUGGAACCUGUACACAAGAUGGUCCUUUGUUAGUUAUCGUAGAAUACGCAAGUCAAGGAAACUUGCGGCAGUACCUCCGGGACAGAAGACCUGUCAGGGAUUACGAAGAUGCGAUGAAACCUCCAGAAACUCUUUCUCUUUUAGACCUAAUGUCAUUCACAUACCAGAUAGCGCGGGGCAUGGAAUAUCUCGCAUCUAGAAAGUGUAUUCAUCGUGAUCUCGCUGCUCGUAAUGUUCUUGUAGCUGAUGACAAGGUCUUGAAGAUAGCUGACUUUGGUUUAGCUAGAGAUGUUCAUCAGAUGGACUACUAUAGGAAAACGACUGACGGACGUUUACCAGUGAAGUGGAUGGCUUUAGAAGCUCUCUUCGAUCGUGUUUACACCACUCAGAGUGAUGUUUGGUCGUUUGGGAUUGUUGUUUGGGAAAUAAUAACUUUUGGUGGAAUGCCUUAUCCAGGUGUCCCUCUAGAAAAACUUUGCAUGCUGCUAAAAUCUGGGUACAGAAUGGAACGACCGGUGAAUUGCUCAAAAGAACUGAUUAUUUGGAUCUUCAAGGUGCUUUGAUUAGUCCUCUUUGUCCACGUUCUCCCUCAUCAGAAUUAAUAAACAACCCACUCAAGGAUUCGUCGUCCAUUUUCAUGAGUAGUUCGGAAGACAACGAAUGUGAUUUAUCAAGAAGCGAUACGACGUCGAACGAUAGAGACAGCAGGACAUCUGAGAAUCUAAUUCCACUUUUACUGGAAGAUGACAACAAUGAGGAAAAUGACGAAAACGCGCGGGAAAAUUCGUACGAAAACAUACGAAUAGAACAGAACGUUCCAUUAAUAAAUGAAGAAGUUUCUKAUGGAAGGUCGAGGAAUUCUCAAGCGGAUUUCUCUAAGAGUAGUAAUACUUCGCUACCUGGAUCGCGGGUUUUUACUGAUAAAAAUGACGAGACGACAGAAAGUCUGCUCGAAAGCCAGAGUAAUGCCAAUGAUAAUGAAGGUUUAARCGCGAGUUUUUCUGGACAGAGUAAUGAUAGAAAUUCCGUAAAUAAAAACAAAAAAGCGCGUAAGCCUUCAGUUAUUACAGAAGUGUAGUCGCGAACUCAAGACAUGAAAGCUUAUUGAUGGGAGAUUUGCGCAGUGUUUGGUACUAAAAACCAAURUGGAUGGACAGAAAAAGAACAAACCACAAGUGGUAAAACAUAUCUUUUUAAAUUCGAUUCGACUGUGGAUAAUGUGUCACAAGACCACCCCAGAUUGCGCAGURCUUAGGGCUAAGAAAAAACUCAUCAGUUUUACAGGAGGUUACAGAAAUUGAGAGCCAAAACUGAAUGCGAUACGGUGAGCAAACAAGCUAGACACGAAAAAAAGAUUGCGCAAACUGUGGACUAAUAUAAACUGACGCGGAUUCAACAGGGUUCAAUUCAGCUGGAUGCCAUACGGUGAACUACAAAAGCUGGACACGAACAAAAGUUUACGCAAUCUCAGUCAGCCGUUGACUAAUAUAAACCGGAUCAACARGCAACCGAAACGAGCAGUGUAACUGUUAUUAUUGACGGCUCUUAAAACUCCAGUGUACUCUUACYAGAGUUUUAAGAGUCUUCAAUAGCAAAAACGAAACUGCUUUCAAUGACCUUACUAAGAGAUUGCGCAGUGCUAGUCGACAACUAGAAAAUACUCACAGACUAAAUGAAGUGUCCAGUCUGCCAGUGUUUAUGGAGAUAGAAAAAACUGCAAGAUUGUCUGGAAYCCAAAAGACUCGAAUUUUUUUCGUGAAGUGCAUAAACCGGUUGUUUGUGAAAAGUCACAGCGAAAAAGGAAAGACAAAAUCUCAGAACGAAGCAACCGAACCGAAGUAUUUGCAGUAACCAAUAAAAUGCAACAAGAUAUUAUCAUAAAAAACUUUGACAAGAUGACUUAGGCAUAGUACGUAACGAAACGUAGAUGUACAGUAAGUUUGCAGGAGAUUUUUAUAAGUGUAUAUAAGAAGAUAUUUUAGAUUAUAGAUAGUACAAGAGUAGACAAGAGACGGAAAAAAUAAAAAAUUUAGUUUUUUAAAUUAA